AUGGCCCCAAAUGAGGGUCCUGUAUACAUUGGGAUUAUCCGAUUGCUUCAACAUUUUGGAUGGAAAUGGGUUGGGCUCUUUGCUGUGGAAAAUGAGAGUGGAGAACACUUUUUGAAGAAGCUACAGGUGAUGCUUUCCCAGCAUGGAAUAUGUCCAGCCUUCAUAGAAAGAAUCCCUCUGCUGCUUCCAUUGGAUGACAUUCAUACAUUUAGCGAUAAGAUGAAAAGUUUGUAUAUACAUCUCACAGACAUUAAAGUAAAUGUAUUUAUUCUCUAUGGAGAGUCUUAUACACUUCUCUGGCUCAUAUCACCCAUAUUUCUAAGCGAUCCUGAAGAUAAAUUAAAUGCAUCCCUUAGAAAGGUAUGGGUCACGACAAGUCAAGUUGACUUCAUACUCAUAGGAAGUCUAAAGAUGUGGAAUCUCCAAUUGUUUGAUGGGGCCAUUUCUUUUCAGAUACAUUCAGGUGACGUUCUAGCAUUCAAAGAAUUUCUGAAGUCCAUAAAACCUUUGUGGAGACAAAGAGAUGGAUUUCUAAAGGAUUUUUGGGAACAAGCCUUUGACUGUUUCUUGUCUAAUUCAGAAAUACCAGCAAUGGACAUGGAAAAAUGUACUGGGGAGGAGAAUCUCCACAGUCUUCCUGGACCUCUCUUUGAAAUGCAAAUGACAGGUCAUAGUUAUAGCAUCUAUAAUGGUAUCUAUGCUGUGGCUCAUUCUUUGCAAGCCUUACUAUCAAAAGAAUCCAGUCAGAGUAAAACCUUGGUGGAUAAAAUCCAAGAACUUACAGAUCUACCACCUUUUAAGCUGCACCCAUUUCUUCAGAGCAUUUCUUUCAACAACUCAGCAGGAGAAACAGUGUCUUUUAACGAAAAGAUGGAAAUUGCAGGAGGAUUUGACAUUGUCAACGUGAUCACUUUUUCAAACAAUUCCAUUCAGAGAGUGAAAGUUGGAAGAUUAGAUCCCAAUGCUCCAGAGGGAAAUGAAUUAAUUAUUAAUGAAGAUAUGAUUGAAUGGCAUAAAGGUUUUAACCAGGUUCUUCCAGUUUCUCUGUGCAAUCAAUACUGUCACCCUGGAUAUUGGAAGAGAAAAUCUGAAGAGAACAUUUUUUGCUGCUAUGAUUGUGUUCCAUGUCCAUGGGGGAAGAUUUCAAACAAGAUAGAUACAGAAGAUUGUUUCAAAUGUCCUGAAGAUCAGUAUCCAAGCGAAACGCAAGAUCGAUGCCUUAACAAAACAAUGAAUUUUCUGUCCUUUGAAGAACCUUUAGGGAUCAGUCUGGCCUCAGCUGCUGUUUCCUUUUCCUUCAUGACAAUCAGUGUGCUUGGAAUUUUCCUUAAGCGUAGAGAUACCCCCAUCGUCAAGGCCAACAACCGGGACCUCACUUACACUCUCCUUAUCGCCCUUCUGCUCUGCUUUCUCUCUUCCUUGUUAUUCCUUGGUCAGCCAGGGAAAGUAACCUGCCUUCUCCGGCAACCAGCAUUCAGCAUCAUCUUCUCAGUUGCUGUUUCUUGUGUGUUAGCUAAAACUAUUACCGUGGUUGUAGCUUUCAUGGCUACUAAGCCAGGCUCUUCAAUGAGAAAAUGGGUGGGGAAAAGAUUGGCUCUUUCCAUUGUCCUUUCUUGUUCUUUUCUUCAAGCAGGUCUUUGCAUUCUGUGGCUGGCAACAUCUCCUCCAUUCCCUGAGUUAGACAUGAAUUCCCUUACAGAAAUCAUGAUUUUGCAAUGCAAUGAAGGCUCCACUUUCAUGCUUUAUUGCGUCCUGGGCUAUCUGGGCUUCUUAGCUAUUGCCAGCUUCAUUGUGGCUUUUCUUGCCCGUAAAUUACCUGACAGCUUUAAUGAAGCCAAGUUCAUCACCUUCAGCAUGUUGGUUUUCUGCAGUGUGUGGAUCUCCUUUGUUCCAACCUAUCUGAGUACCAAUGGGAAAGCCAUGGUGGCUGUGGAGAUCUUCUCCAUCUUGUCCUCCAGUGCUGGGUUAUUGGGAUGCAUCUUCUUUCCAAAAUGUUUCAUCAUCGAGCUGAAGCCAGAACUAAACACCAAGAAACAAUUAAUAAAAUAA